UCUAACGAAAGAAAGUAACGCUUUGGAUCGCGUAUUUCGCGUUCGUCAUUCGUUGCGUGCACACGUGUUCUCGGCUGCGUCUCGCUAAAAACCGUUAUUACUAGCUCUAACUCUAACUCUAACUAACUAACUGAUAUACAAUUUAGACUGGCUGAAUUCAGUAGACACUAGACGCUCGAGUGUAGUUAGUACAAGCAGACGUUUGAAAAGAAACAACAAUAAAAACUAACAAACUAAAUAAAUAAAUAAAAGAAGGAAGGAAUAAAAAGUAGAAAAAAAAGUGUUGAAGAACAAGUGGUGCUGAACGCACAAGCUAGCGAAAGACCGUCCAAGCAUACAGUAAGCACAGAAAGAACAAUCAAACACAGAGUCACAGAGCCAACAACUACGGCGCUCCACUUCUCUGGCGAAAGACUGCUGUUGCUUGCUUGCUGUUGACUCGUUGGCGCAUAACUGUUGUUUUUUACGUUUUUGUUGUUAGUUUGUUCUUUGGAGUGUGUGUGUCUGGUGUUGUUGUGCAGACCAAAAGCAAAAAAAAAACAGCAAUUUCCUAGAAAAAAAUUUAAAAUAAAAAAAAUUGGAAAAAUAAAAUAAAAUUUAAAGUAGCGAUCACACUGUGGCUUAGAAGCAACUUCUAAAAAAAAAACAAAAACAAAAUAACCAAAAAAAAUCUAAAAAACUAAGAACCAGCAAGUGUACAUUAAAAAAAAAACAUUUGCAAUCUCAACGAUCAACGCCAACAGCCAACAACCGCGUUCCAUCGCCAACACCAUCAUCUCGUUGUAAUCAACGAAGCAAAGCAACUCUGCGUUGGAGCCCAUCCUGGUGAGCCGGCAAGUGUGUUUUUAAUAAGCAAUCAACAUUUCAUACGGAAACAAGUUGCCUGAAAGGAUUACUGGGCUUGUUGCUACUAAGCGCUUUGGAUUAAUUGAUUUACAGUGUUUUUGAGAUUCAUUGACAUUGCGCACAGCUCCAAAAUGUGGAGCCCUCAAAAAGGUCCUACACGAUUGUGGGACCUUAGCUUUAGUCAUAUAUUUAUAUUACAAUUAAUGUUUAGUUUAGUCUUAGCUGGUAAUGAAUUGUGGCCCAUGGAACGGCCGGAGGGAAUGCCAAACAUAGUCUCUUUAGAAGUAAUGUGCGGUAAGGAUCAUAUGGAUGUACAUUUGACAUUUUCCCAUCCAUUCGAGGGUAUCGUCAGCUCAAAAGGACAACACAGCGAUCCGCGUUGCGUUUAUGUGCCCCCGUCGACGGGUAAAACGUUCUUCUCAUUUCGGAUAUCGUACUCACGCUGUGGCACGAAGCCGGACUUGCAUGGACAGUUUUAUGAGAAUACGGUGGUUGUGCAAUAUGACAAGGAUUUACUAGAAGUUUGGGAUGAGGCGAAACGUUUACGUUGUGAAUGGUUCAAUGAUUACGAGAAGACCGCAUCGAAACCACCAAUGGUUAUUGCCGAUUUGGAUGUAAUACAACUCGAUUUCCGCGGCGAUAAUGUUGACUGUUGGAUGGAGAUACAACAUGGUAAAGGUCCAUGGGCGCCGCCAGUUAGCGGUAUCGUGCCGUUAGGUUCUACACUUACACUUGUGGUUGCCAUCAAUGAUUAUCGCGGCGAAUUCGAUAUGCGUGUCAAGUCGUGCGUUGCUUCCGAUGGUUCCGGUCAUGUUAUCAAUCUUUCCGAUGAAUUCGGCUGCGUUCUGCGUCCGAAGAUGAUCUCACGCUUUUUGAAGGCACGUGCGCCCGAUGAGCGUGCCACCGUCAUAACUUAUGCCUUCUUCCACGCCUUCAAGUUCCCCGACGCGUUGAGUGUACACAUAAAAUGCAAAGUGGAAAUCUGCCGACACGGUUGCCUGGAUCAUUGCCAGCUCACGGGCAGCGUUAACGAGCGUAAAGAUGUGCUCAUGAACGAACCGCCAGGCAGUCAGAAUGAGCUCAGUCAGGAGAGUAUUGGACACAUUGCCAUGCAUGGUGGACAACAACCAGCGCUGGGCGGACUGCCUUUAGGUGGAGCUGGCGGCGGCGGUGGUGGUUUGGGUAGCGUUGGUGGUGGUGGUGGCAGCGUUGGUAUAGGUAGCGAUGGUGCAGGCGAUCAUGAUGUCUUCUACGAUGACAUUAUACACAAUCGCAAACAAUUGUCGUCGAUCAAUAGUGGUAUUGCAAAUAUAUUGGAUCAAUUUAAUAUGCACGAAAAGAAUGCUAAUCUAUCACCGCGUCCAGUACAUGAAGAACCGGAAGAUUCGGAUCUCGAUUCACUGUUCGGCGAAGACGAGUUGGCCGAUUUGGAUGAGGCGCAGUAUAUGGAGUUGAAGAAGAGCGGCAAAUUUCCGCAUGGACCACGUCAGUUCGAGGCACAAAAGCGUAUGGGUGUACCAAUGGCCGGACCACGCUCGCUAGAGCCCAAAUCGAAUGACGAUGCACCACAUCCCAUCUACCGUCCACAAGCUGAAGCAUUGAAGCGCACACGCGAAGAUCACAUAGAUCUCGAUGCAAGCGAAGAAUUGUUGAAACAAAAAUCAAAUAAAACAGCUGACAGCGAUGAAACUGACAAAUCUACGCGUCGUCGUCGUCGAUCCAUCGUGAUUGCCGAUCGUAAAGUGCGUAGCGCCGAUGUUGGCGUUAGCGGUCUCUACGAUGUCAUCUCCGAAGCUGAUCUUGCCUUCUCGCCGGACUCCAAACAGGAAGCGGUCACCGUCUUCCAGGGUAAAAUAAGUGAAGAGGUUGUCUAUGGCAUCUGCAUGCCGGUGCCUGGUUUCAGCAUACUGUUCAUUGUCGUCAUUUCGGCUACCAUUGUGUCCGCCUUGAUUGCCGGCUCGCUGCUCUAUCGCUAUCAAUUGCAAAAGGAGGCGCUCGAGAAGCAAACACCUAUGCCGGUGCCUGGUACUUUCGCUUCAUGGAUGACCUUACGCCUCUUCCGUAUGCGUCAUAUGCAGGAGCAACAACAACGACAGCAGAUAGGUGGCGCUGUAGCAGCGGCGAGUGCGGUUGCGCACGAAACAGUGCAGUAGUAGGGUGUUUUGGUGGGUGGCGGGUUGCGAAAGUAGUUAAAUGAAAUGACUUAUUCGAAGAGCGCAUUUCAAAAUCUGUUUUUUUUUUUCAAAUCAUUCGAAAAUCUAUACAAUAUUUAAAUUAAGUUUCCUGUACGCGCUGUGUGCGCUGAUGACAAUAGCUGUAGCGUUGUGUCAAUGACUGAAAGCACGCACACAAUGAGAGCAUAUUUCAAAAGCUCAAAACAAAUUAGCAAUUUUUUAGCUCUAUUUAUUGGUACUUUUACUGUUUUCUUUUUUUACACGUGUAGUUGAAGAGGAAGUUAAUGUGUGUUUGACAGCACAUUUUCGGGCAGCACUGCAAUAGCAAAUCACUAAACUACCACAAACAAGCAAAAGAUUUAAACACAUACAACAAUAUUUAUUUAGCCCCAUAAGUAACUAGAAACUUCAUAUUGCUGACACGCACUGUGUUUCAUUUUAAUAAAAUCUCUAAUAAAUUAAAUUCGGUGCUUUUGAGGUGCAUUUACUUACUAGUGAAUUUAACUAAAAUAUUUUUUAUUUUAUUUAAUACAUAUAUUUUUUUAAUUAACACUUAACUGAAUGUCAUAUUAUUUAUUUAUUUAUUUAACUUUUAGCCAAGUGUACCCCUUCCAUAAUAUUUAUGUUUAAUAAUGAUUUUUUGAAAAAGUUCAUGUUUUUUAAUUUUUUCAAUAGAAAUUACUUCAUUUCUAUUUCUUCGCCUUUAAUUUAAGCUUAUUACUUAUUUUGCAAGCCGGCAACUUAAGCGAAUUUUAUGCAAUAUGUU